CGCCGUCCCCUCUUGUCCCAAAUUCUCUAAUGACCUGCUUAUCUCUUGACACAGGGCAAAAGGGAGAACCCGGAGAUCGCCAGCAGUCGGGAGCUCUAAACUGUAAGCAACUCCUGGACCUGGGCAACGUUCUAAGCGGAUGGUACACUGUGUACACCGUUGCAGGGAAGCCCCUGAGCGUCUUCUGUGACAUGGACACCGAUGGAGGGGGCUGGACUGUUUUUCAGAGGCGCAUGGAUGGCACUGUUGAUUUUUUCCGAGACUGGAAUACUUACAAGAAAGGAUUCGGUAACAGACUCUCCGAGUUUUGGCUGGGCAAUGACAACAUCCAUGAUCUGACUGCAAUUGGCACUUACGAACUGCGCAUUGACUUCACCGACUUCGACAACAUCAACACCUUCGCCAAAUACAAAUCCUUCAACGUUCUUGGGGAAUCUGAUAAGUACAAGAUGAUCCUGGGGGAUUUUGUUGACGGGACAGCAGGUGAUUCUCUAACUUACCACAAGAACAUGAACUUUUCCACCAAGGAUCAAGAUAACGAUCAAUCUUCGACUGACUGCUCGCACGUCUACAAAGGAGCCUGGUGGUAUAACGACUGCCACUUCUCCAAUCUUAAUGGCGUCUACUUGCGUGGAGAACACGCAAGCUUUGCGGAUGGCGUUGACUGGAAAACGGGAAAAGGAUACAAUUACUCCUACAAAUAUACGGCCAUGAAGUUUAGGCCCACUUAGCGGCAUCCUCAUGGCGUUCCUUACUUUAUUUUAUCAUCACGGCCGCUUCGCGAGCUUCGUUAAGGAGGACGUCCUGAAGUCCAAACGCACCUCAAGAGCUACUUAUAGGGACCGGUGGUCUUUGGACCCCCCCC